AUGCCUAGUCGACUGCAGUAUCCCAACAAGCAAGACAAACAACAACGACAAUUCCCCUCUAAUCCUCCCCAGGUCCCCGACGUCGAUAACCAACAAGAAGACUUUACUCUCGGUAAGGGUCCCCGCCCUUCCCGCUCUCUGCUUGAAACCUCGCCCCGAUCCACCACCGCCCAGUCCACCUGGUGGCCUCGACGCCUCACAACGAACCCCGCCAAGUCUUGCUCACCGGCCGCGACGCCCUCUAUAGAUGCUCAUUCGAGCAGCCGUGCCCUCCUCGCACCACCCUCUGUCACCACCGUCCGCGCCGUCAGCAAGAGUAGCAUGAACACUCGCCUCGACGGGAACCUCCAGUCGACGACGAGCUCCCCGUCUCCGUCUCCCCGAGGCGCCCCUAAGAUGGUCCAGACCAUCCGGACCGUACCCAGCUUCGAAGCCGCGAGCGACACGAGCUCCGACACACCCUCCCACACAUCCGCCUUCUCCAGCUCUGUCAACAGCAACGCCAGCGCCAUCAGCAUGGCCUCGAAUCACCAGGACAGGACCCCCGGCGUCAAGUUAAAACACGAUUGGAACGGCGGCGACUCCACCUCCAUGAAGGUGCGAGAGGAGACGCCCCCCAUCCUCGACGACGACGACAACCCUGUCGCCGUCGUCCCCGACGCCCAGGGCCCGGGAUGGGAUUCAACCAUCGGCAAGGCGGGCCUGGGCAAGACGGGCCGCGUCAUCAACAAGCUCGUCAGCGACAAUGAGUCCCUCAAGCGCGACAUACAGAUCGAGCGCCUACGUGCCGAGGAGGCCAAGCAGGCCGCCAAGCUCGUCGAGGACAAGAUGGAGCGCCUCAUCAGCGACUACGAGAGCCGUCUGCUCGAGGCUAGCGUCACAAAGACCCUUCUCAGCCGCAAGGAGCGCCAGGUUGAGACCCUCAACGCCAAUGUCGAGCUUGAGAAGAAGCGCACCGCCGACGCGCAGCAACGGGAGCGCCUGUGGCGCGACGAAAUGGAGAAGAUGCGCGCCACCACCACCAAGCAGGUCGAAGACGCAAACACCCACGCCGCCCUCAUGGAGGGCCGCUACAACGCCAUUAGCUCCCACUGGAAGGACCAAGGCCACGAGGUGAAGCGCGCCCACCUGAAGCUGCGCGCCGAGAUCGCCGCCCUCGUCGAGGAGCGCCGCCGUGACGACGAAAAGAUCGCUGCUCUGCGGGACCUGUGCGACCAGCAAGACGGCAACAUCAAGGAGCUGCGGCGCCAGAAGGACGAGAUCGAAUCCAAGUUUCAGGAUUACAAGGCGCAGCAGGAGUUCGCGCUCAAGGAUAUCAAGACGGGCGCCGCCGAGAGGGACGCCGAGCAGGAGAGGCUACUCGAGGAGGCGAGGUCGACGUUGGCAAGGUUGAAGUGGGCGCUGAAUGUCAAGGAGAACGUUAAGGAUUUGUUGCAAUGA